GGUGACACCGGAAUGAAAUCAUUGGUCCUUUCCUUUCCAUAUGCCGGUUGAAAAGGGGAAACCGUGGCUUGCUGGGUAUUUUCCAACGAAACACAGGCAUUUGGAUACACGAGCCUACGAAUUAACGUUGGAGAAUCAAAGUGUAUAGCUAAGGGACUUAGCGUGUUAAACUAGACAGAACGGGAGAGGGAAUUAACGAUAACAUGAUCAACAGAAAUGGUGCUGAUAACAUGGACGUGACUCACACAGAAGAGACAGCAGACAGCGAUGUGAAAUACUACACCUUGGAAGAAGUAAAAACUCAUAAUAUGAAGACGGACGCAUGGCUUAUCAUCCACGAUAAAGUGUAUAACAUCACCAGUUUCUUGGAAGAGCAUCCAGGAGGAGAGGAUGUUCUGAUGAUGCAGGCAGGUGCAGAUGCCACAGUGAGCUUUGAGGAUGUUGGUCACUCUACAGAUGCCAGGGAGAUGCUCAUCAAGUACUACAUUGGGGAGCUCAAGAUGGAUGACCGGAAGAAGGAAGGUACAAAGGAAGAAUUCAUUACAACUUCAGGAGAUGGCUCCAGCUCGUGGACAACAUGGUUAAUACCUGCCAUAGUUGCAGUUGUUGUGGGUAUCAUGUAUCGAUACUACAUGCAGGAGCGCAAGUCUUCCUGAGCCCUGACGCUGUUGUCUCUUCUCAUUCUUUGUCUGGAGGCCUUGACAUGUUUGACCAAACUCCCCCCUUCCAUUGAACAACUUUUCAGAGGUGCGCCCCCACGUCCCACUCAACUCACACAGUGCCCUCACCUUGAGGGAAAGGACAAAACAAUCCCCUUGCCCCUCAGCUUUCUUUUCUACACCUCAUCCAACAGGCUUUGGGGCAAAAUGCAUCUGGAAACUUUCUGCCCUCAGUCUCUAUAAAUUGGUUAAUCUAUUCAUAUUGUUUACUCACGCUGCCUUUUGUAAUACUUGUGUGGUGUCUUAAGUUACUUAUUCAUAUGCAAGUGAUCUAAACUGUAAUGUAUAUCUGCAAACUGUUGCUAUCUGCUUUGUGGGACUUUUACAGUGAGCUCCAAAGGUAUUAGGACAGUGAUUAUUAUAUAUUUUUUUGGCUCUGUACUCCAGCACUUUAGAUUUUGAAAUGAUACAAUGAGUAUGUGGGUAAGGUGCAGACUGUCAGGGUAUUAGCAUCCAUAUCAGGUGAACCGUUCAGACAUUACAGCACUUUUUUUUUUUCAAAGUAACCCCCCCCCCCUUUUAGGGGACCAAAGAUAAUGGGACAAAUUGAUUUGAUUUGUGUAUUGAAGUAUUUGGUCCCAUAUUCAUAGCACGCAAUGACUACAUCAAGGUUGUGAUGGGAGGGGGGGGGGGGGGGGGGGGGGGGUUCACUGUCCCAAUACUUUUGGAGCUUUCUGUAUUUCUCUAAAUUUGUUCAGACAUGUUUUGUGGCUAACCCCACAUCUGUUUGACUGUAGGUCUAGGAAGUAGAAAUAUAUUUGUGUAGUAGAGCAUAGCAACACAGGUUAUGGGGUCAUAUCUAUAAGAAAUAAUGUUAUUCAGAUUUCACUAAGAAAACAGCAUGUCUUUUGAGUUGCAGAGUCUUGAUUCUCCUCAGACUGCUGCCCAGUAUUUAAUUUCUGGUGACUGAAUAACAUAGGAAAAGCUAGCAACAAAGCAUUCUAAUGCAUGUUUGCUUGAGAGUACAUUGGUUCAAAUCAAUGAUUUAAGUUUGAAAUGACAUUGACUUGAUUGCACAAUAUGCCUCAUUAAGUACUUCAUUUAUGUUCAGCUAUUCGUUGCAUGCAUCGCCUGAUUUCGGGUAGGCCUCAUUCUCUCAAUCUACAUUUAGCAUUACAAAGGCUGCAAGCCAUGUACAGUAUUUUCUCUUGAUGUAUUGGUUAUUUAAAGUGAAAUGUACUUAUCCCCAACUCCCCUUUUCUAGUUUUACACUAAGCACUUAUUUGGUGAUACUAUGCUUUAAAAAACUAAGUAUGAGAAUUGGUGUGUUUUAUAUGUAUUAUAACCUGGAUUCAUUUGGAUUAAUUCUAUUGCAUCACACACUGUAGGAUAUAUGUUUGUCUCUUACUAUGCACAUCCUUUAGAAAUUAAAAAAUGCUGCCAUAUGUGAGUUGUUGAAUUCUAAUGAUUGGACUAAAAUUGUUGUACUCUUGAAGGCAUAAAACACUUUCACAUUCGUA